AUGCCAGACAUAGCUUCUGUUGCACUGUCGACAGCCAUGGUGAUUGGCCCUGUGGUGGGCUACAUUGAUCAGUAUUUUCUCAUACAACGUAAACAAUCAAGUGCUGGCUUCAACUCGAUGACUUGUGCCAUUCUAUUGUUUGCAAAUAUCCUUAGAAUAUUCUUCUGGAUAGGCAAACGAUUUGAAUUGACGCUGCUUUUCCAAUCUAUUGCAAUGAUUAUCACCAUGCUGGUUUUGCUGGAGAUUGUAGUGCGAUAUAAGCAUGACCAUAGCUUUGCAGUUCUGUAUAGUGAACUGAGGUCAUCCUUCAGUUCAAAUUCAAUAGAGGAAGAUUUGAGAGCAGAGGAAAAUGGAUUGGGACUUCAAAGACAUUCGCUUAAGCGAUCAUGGCGUAUGCCCUUUUGGAGCUGGGAUCAUUAUUUGGACUACAUCAAUUGCUUGCUUGCCUUCACAACUAUCAUUGCAUUUUUGUAUUUGCUGCUGAGACAGUAUGCUGCAUUUAUCGAGAUUUUGGGUGCGUUAAGUUUGGGCAUUGAAUCGACAUUGCCAUUACCGCAAUGUAUAUCCAAUUUCAAACAAAGAUCCACCAGUGGAUUCAGUUUGUUGGUAUUAGCAUCAUGGUUUCUAGGUGAUAGCUUCAAGCUGUUUUAUUUCAUCUAUAAACAAUCACCACUGCAAUUCAUCACCUGCGGCGCAAUUCAGCUUUCCAUUGAUUCAUUCAUCGUGUUUGAAUUCUUGUUGUUUUCAUCCUUCAUCAAGAACAGAUUGAGCAAGGAUAGUUGGGUCAAUAGAACAAGCGAUGACCAUCAAGAAUUGCUCGAGGAAGACCAUGAGGAUGCCUGA